AUGUGUCAUCUACAGCUGAGGACAUUGCUUUUUGUAGCGUGGGUGUUGGGCUACAUUGCCUUUCUGCUCUCCAUCAGAAGAAUGUGGUCGGGGAAGUACGUGCGCAGUCCGCUCGCACGCUCACUCUUCAUGAACAUGGCGAGCGAGAGCGAGGCGGCGGGGAUCGAGACCCAAGAGUGGUACCGGUGCUGUCCUGACCUGCUUGGAGACACGGUGCGGCCGCUGUUUGUCCAGAGCCACCUGGACACAGACACCCAGGCCUUCCUCCGGCGGAGCGUUGAGAAGUCCGGCUGGCUGUUCACUCAGCUUUACCACUCUUUCAUAUCGUCAGUCCUCAGCCCGCUGAUCUCCCGCACCUCCAUCAACGGGCUUCUGGGUCGUGGCUCUAUGUUUGUGUUCUCGGCGGAGCAGUUCCAGCGGCUGCUGCGGGUCGGCCCAGACUGGAGGGCAGAGAGGCUGCUGGACCUGGGGGCCGGGGACGGAGGUGUCACCGAGGUGAUGGGAGCCCAUUUCAGGGAAGUCUACGCCACCGAGGUCUCUGCUCCCAUGAGGUGGCACCUGCAGAGGAGGAAUUACAAACUGCUGGGUAUAGAUGAGUGGCAGCAGACGGGGUUCCAGUAUGAUCUGAUCAGCUGUCUGAACCUGCUGGACCGCUGCGACCAUCCUCUGGAGCUGCUGCGGGGCAUCCGGCGAUCACUGGUCCCCGGCACAGGCAGAGUCAUCAUGGCUGCGGUGCUUCCCUUCCAGCCCUACGUGGAGAUCGGAGGGAGAUGGCAGCGCCCAAAGGAACGCCUGAGAGUAAAGGGGAAGACGUGGGAGGAGCAAGUGACCAAUCUGUCCAAUGAGGUGUUACGAGGGGCGGGCUUUCAGGUCGAGGCUGUGACUCGGUUGCCGUACCUCUGCGAAGGCGACAUGUAUAACGAUUACUACGUACUUGACGAUGCUGUAUUUGUUCUCAAGGCUUUAGAGGAUUGAAAAGCCUCUCAUUCGUUGCUGAUGAGAUCAGACUUGACUGUGUUUUAUCUUUUAAUGAAUACCAAAUGAUGUGCUGGACGAUGAGGGGCUCGGGCUUCGCUUGACUUCAGUGUGUCUUGGGCUAUUGCUCCUUGGGAGACUCCUAGUGCAAUUUUGAAAGGCUUCAUUCAUGAACACUGUAAAUAUUAUUUUGUGCUUUGAACAAACUGGUCAGUCAGGUUUGAAGCUCAGGUAGCUCCUACAUUUACCAGCCAUCAUGUGUGACAGUGAUACCUCUACUACGUAAGCAAAAAAAAAAAUAUCUGAAAGGCAGUUUGCCAACCUUGAAAUGACACUUUAACUCACUGCAAAACUAUAGAGAAGCUCAAAUCUUCUUCAGACAUAUCAGUGUGGAAUUGGUGUGUGUUCUGUAAAGUGUGUUGUAUUACAUGGGUUUCAUGUCAGUGCUGUGGUUCAUCAUUCCUUCAACUGAAGAUACUGUACUACCAAUGGAGAGAAUCUCACAAUCUCAUAUUUUGCGUGUUUCAUUCAUAGGGCCAAUGCACACAGACUAUCGCUGACUCAAGCAAAGUAAAUUGGGCUCAUCGUGUUUAAUGUUAUAAAUGCUUACUUAAUUUUAAUGGCGAUAAAAGCAAUAUGAGGCCUUCUAUGUCAAUACUGUGCGUAUAGGAUAUCAUAGCACAACGGUCUGUUUAAAAUGUGCCACGUUUAAUGUUGUUUGUAUUGAAAGAGUACAAAGAAUCCAAGAGCAAAUAAACUUUUUUUUGUGUUUCUUA